AUGCCAAGAGACAGUAGUGUUCAGACAGAUUCAUCAUUGAAUCAAAGCACAUCUGGUGUGAACUUAAUCAAACUUUUCAUAAUUGUCAGUCUACCCAUUGUGGAAAUGAUCAUUACAAUCAUACUGAUGAACGUGUAUUCAGAUUUAUGUCAGAAACUCAAAGAGAAUAAGUAUAUAUCAUUUAUUUUAAUUGCUUGGUCUGCAGCCUCAUGUUUGCUGUUUGGAUUGAUGCGUGGCCUACGAGCAAGGUUUCCUAUUAAUUAUGUUUUUCUACUUCUCAAUACUCUACUCAUGUGUUAUGCAUUCAUACCACCAGUGUUGGUUAUUCGGUUGGAAUACAUUCUAACAUCCUUCCUUAUUGCUACAGUAUUCAUACUUAUCAUGAUAAUCAUUGGAUUGAACAUUCAAAUCAAAUUUUUUCGAGUUUGGUUAUUCGUCGUGAUUUGCAGUUGGUUUGGAGUCUUCUUUCUUAUAUGCAUUUGUCUUUAUUUUUUCGAAUUAUGCCAUAUACUCUGUCCUCUCCUGAUUGUUGGCUACCUCCCAUUCAUUGUACCAAUUCUCUUACGCAUUGGUCAACUGCUGAGACCAGACUACACUGAGCGCAUGUUCGAUUCUCACUACAUGUUGGCGUCACUCACAAUAUCAAUAAUAUUCUUCUUCACUUUCUACUUAACUGUUGUGCAAUUUUCUCAUUGUAAACUAUUCAAAUGUAAUGAAACUUCAGUUAACCAAACAUGUGCACACUAUUCAGAAAAUGUAUCCCUUUCUAAUAAACUUUCCUUACCCAAUCAUUCUGCAUAG